UACAGCGCCAUGAGCCGGGGGCUUCACAUCCGUGUUGGGCAAUGAUUUUUAUGUUUAUUACACUGUGAAGACUCUUACAUUUUGUCCUUUAAGGGUUUUCUUGUUGAUAUUUGACGUACGAUCAGGCCGAGUCACAGCUGCCCUGUUUUCCAGAGUUCAAGAGAGAAUAACAAGAUGAGGGGAAAAAAAAGACUGAAGUUGCUCAGAGGAAGUAAAAAAAGAGAAGUUAAAGCUGUAACUCUCUAUUUAGAGUGUUUGAGAGUAAAGGGUGUGAGAACGAGAGAGAGCACGAAGCGAGAUCCGUCACUUCAGAAGGAUUAAAAUGUCUUUAUCUGUGAUACUGAUGCUUCUGUUUACAGCUGUAACUGGAGAUGAUACUGCCUCCCUCACAGUCAGACAUGGACAUGAUGUCACUUUGCCAUGUGGAAAUGUGAUUAAAGAUCAGCAGAAAUGUGACAGUACUUCUUGGCUUUUCAGUCGUGAUAGUGGGAGCACAGCAGUAGAGCUGGUUACACUCGGGAAUAUAAAUAAAAAUGAGAAAGCUAAAGCUAAGAGGCUAAAUGUUGCAGAGGAUUGUUCUCUGGUUAUUAAAAGUGUCACACGUGAAGAUGUUGGUCGUUACACCUGCAGACAGUUCAGAUCAGGAGAACAAGUUUCAGAAGCUCGUGUGUUGCUGAAUGUUAUUAACAAUACCUCGGACGAUGCCUUCAGGUUUUACUGCUCUGUGUUCAGAUAUGGAGACUGUGCCCACACAGUGCAGUGGUAUUAUAAGGGUGAUGAGACAGAUAUAUCACAACACCAACAGUUAAUCUGUACAGCUACUGUGUCAUUUAAAAGUCUUCAUGUUGUUCAGAAGUCAAACUUUAAUGAGUUGCUGUUUUGUAAAGUAACAGACAAUAAGAGUGGACAAACACUGCUGUGUAAUGCCUUCUCUAAGUCCUCCUGUGAGAAAACAGACACAAAAGGAAGCACAUCAACAGAAGGAGAUGAAAUGAAAGAGGAUGACAAACCAGAUUGGUUGCCAUAUGUGAUUGUGGCCGCUGGUUUAGCAGCCUUCUUAAUCAUCUUAAUAGUUGUUGUGGCAUUCAUGAGACGGAAGAGAACUAAAGGGAACAAAACACAGACGGACAAAAACAUUGCGGAGCAUGAAGAUGUUGUUGCCUACGCCUCCAUCAGCUACACCAAGAAGGGCAACAGUAGAGCUCAGGCUGAUGGAGAUGCUGAAGGUGAAGGUGUGACGUACAGCACUGUGAGAGUCCCCUCCUCUGACACUGAAGCCUCUGUUGACCCCAGCAGCCUGUACGCCACCGUCAACAAACCAAACAAGAGAGAGACAACAGGAUAGUUACAGCUCAUGUCACUAAUCUUGAUAGACCAAUGAAUGUGACUCCUCCCCCUGCACCUCUUACAUGUAUCUUUAAUUUAAUCAUCAUUACUCUCUCGUUGUGUUUUGUGCAUUUUGUGGAUACUUUCUCAGAGUUCUUGUAGAGUUUCUACACACAUAUGAACAUCAAAUAGAUGUGUGAA